UGGACUCAAUUUCAGAGAAUUCAAGAAAUGGCCUCGAAUUUCAUGGCCUGAAAUCAAAUCUGUCUUCUUUAAAGAAGAAGAGAAACAGAAACCUGCAUGUAAAAUGAGUGUGUAUGAGGUGAAAGAGGAGGAGGCGUCUGUACACACUCAGAGAGCAGCAUCUCCAGGAUUCAGUUAUGUGUCCAUGAAGAGUAACCACUCCAUGUUUGAGCCCCCUAAUCUCAGUAAUGGACCAUCUCCAGGAUCCAGCUGUGUGUCCAUGAAGAGUAACCUAUCCAUGUUUGAGCCCCCUAAUCUCAGUAAUGGACCAUCUCCAGGAUCCAGCUGUGUGUCAAUGAAGAGUAACAACUCCAUGUUUGAGCCUCCUUAUGUCAGUAAUGGACCAUCUCCAGGAUUCAGCUGUGUGUCUAAUAAGAGUAACCACUCCAUGUUUGAGCCCCCUUAUGUCAGUAAUGGACCAUCUCCAGGAUUCAGCUGUGUGUCUAAUAAGAGUAACCACUCCAUGUUUGAGCCCCCUUAUCUCAUUAAUGGACCAUCUCCAGGAUCCAGCUGUGUGUCCAUGAAGAGUAACCACUCCAUGUUUGAGCCCCCUAAUCUCAGUGAUGGACCAUCUCCAGGAUUUAGCUGUGUGUCCAUGAAGAGUAACCACUCCAUGUUUGAGCCCCCUGAUCUCAGUGAUGGACCAUCUCCAGGAUUUAGCUGUGUGUCCAUGAAGAGUAACCUAUCCAUGUUUGAGCCCCCUAAUCUCAGUAAUGGACCAUCUCCAGGAUUUAGCUGUGUGUCCAUGAAGAGUAACCACUCCAUGUUUGAGCCCCCUUAUCUCAUUAAUGGACCAUCUCCAGGAUCCAGCUGUGUGUCCAUGAAGAGUAACCACUCCAUGUUUGAGCCCCCUAAUCUCAGUGAUGGACCAUCUCCAGGAUUUAGCUGUGUGUCCAUGAAGAGUAACCACUCCAUGUUUGAGCCCCCUAAUCUCAGUGAUGGACCAUCUCCAGGAUUUACCUGUGUGUCCAUGAAGAGUAACCACUCCAUGAUUAAUCCCCCUUAUCUCAGUGAUGGACCUGCUGUGACCUCUGACCCUGCUAUCAUCAGCAGGAAGAGAAAGAUAGCAGCAUCUCCAGUAUUCAGAUGUGUGUCUAUGAAGAGUAACAGACCCAUGAUUCACCCCACUGAUCUCUGUAAUGAAGCCGUGCCCUUCGACCCUGUUGGUGGGAGAGCUGACCAGAUCAGAGAUGUGUCCUGUCAGACCAGCACAUCCUCCUCCUGUCAGAAACACAUCAGUCAUCAUGACACAGCCCUGCAGCUCGAUUCCCACCAACCAGUGCAUGAUGAUCUUCAGAGAGUCAAAGACCUGCACAAAACCAGCAUGAAGAAGAGAUAUGAGAGCGUAUUUGAGGGAAUCAAACUACAAGAGAAUCAGACUCUCCUGAACAGGAUUUACACACAGCUGUACAUCAUAGAGGGAGAGAGUGAAGGGGUGAAUGAAGAACAUGAGGUGCUACAGAUGGAGAAAAGUUACAAGACCCUCCAAGACACUCCAAUCCACUGCAAUGACAUCUUUGAUCCUUCACCUGAACUAGGAUAUGAGGAGAAGAGAAGAGAGAAGAAAGACAAAAUCAAGACUGUUCUUACUAAAGGCAUCGCUGGAAUCGGAAAAACCGUGUCUGUGCAGAAGUUCAUUCUGGACUGGGCCGAGGGAAAAGCCAAUCAGGAUGUAGAUUUCAUGUUUGUGCUUCCAUUUAGAGAGCUGAACUUGAUUAAAGAUCAUCAGUACAGUCUUCACAGACUUCUGCUGGACUUUCAUCCUGAACUUCAAGAUCUGGACAUAAACAUUUAUGAUGAAUGUACAGUUGUGUUGAUCUUUGAUGGUCUGGAUGAAAGCAGAUUGACACUGAAGUUUUCAGACAGUGAGAACGUUUCAGAUGUGACUGAGACUUCAUCAGUGGGUGUGUUGAUGUCAAACCUCAUGAAAGGAGAUCUGCUUCCCUCCGCUCUCAUCUGGAUAACCACCAGACCAGCAGCAGCCAAUCAGAUCCCCUCCAAAUACAUCAACCGUGUGACAGAAAUUCAGGGAUUCAAUGACCCUCAGAAAGAGGAAUAUUUCAGGAAGAGAAUCAGUGAUGAGCAUCAAGCCAGCAGAAUCAUCUCACACAUCAGAAGAGCAAGAAGCCUCCACAUCAUGUGCCACAUACCCGUCUUCUGCUGGAUCUCAGCCACUGUGCUUCAAAACAUCCUGAAACAAGAUCUCAGUGCAGAAAUCCCUCAAACUCUGACUGAAAUGUACAUACACUUCCUCCUCAUUCAAACUCAUAUGAGGAACCAGAAGUAUGAAGAGAGAGAUCCAGAGAAACUCCUGCAGUCCAACAGAGAAGUGAUUGUGAAACUUGCUGAACUGGCUUUCAAUCAGCUGAUGAAGGGCAAUGUGAUGUUCUAUGAGGAGGACCUGAUUGAGAGCGGCAUAGACGUCACUGACGCCUCAGUGUAUUCUGGGAUUUGCACUGAGAUCUUUAGGGAGGAAUCUGUGAUUUAUCACAGGAAGGUUUACAGCUUUGUACAUCUGAGCUUUCAGGAGUUUUUUGCAGCACUGUAUGUGUUUUUCUGCUUUUUACACAAAAACUGUGAAGUUCUGAAAGAGUUUCUCACAGAAAAGUCCAGAACUCAGUAUGAGAAUGUUCCUCUAGAAGAGCUCCUGAAG